AUGCGACAGUUCUUUGCUUUUCGCCUUCAUGAACGUAAGAAUGAGUCUCAUUCUCUGUUGCAUUCGAGAAGACUAUUUCAGCAGUUCUUGGUGGAUGCCUACACUACUAUAGAGUCUAAUCGCCUACGCUAUCUGAGAUUUAAUCAACCUACUUUGCGAUCAGAUACUUAUGACUCUAUCAAAGAGUCUGAGAAUGCAGGAAAGGUUGAUAUGAGUGAUCAAGGAUCGGAGUUCGUCUUACCAGCUUCUUUCACUGGAAGUCCUAGAUAUAUGAAGAAUCUUUACUUGGAUGCUAUGACCGUAUGUAAGCACUUUGGAUUUCCAGAUCUUUUCAUCACUUUCACUUGUAAUCCGAAAUGGCCGGAGAUCACAAGAUAUGUUAAGUCUCAAAAACUAAAGGCAGAAGAUAGAUCAGACAUUGUUUGUAGGAUCUUCAAGAUGAAACUUGAUUCAUUGAUGGAUGACUUAACCAAAAAAAAUCUUCUUGGAAAGACUAUUGCAUCGAUGUACACGGUCGAGUUCCAGAAACGUGGCUUACCACACGCACACAUUCUCUUAUUUAUGGAUCCUUCGCACAAGUUUCCUACAACCGAUCACAUUGACAAUAUCAUUUCUGCGGAGAUUCCUGAUAAACUCGAAGAACCUGAACUUUAUGAAGUUAUUAAAGAUAUGAUGAUUCAUGGUCCUUGUGGAGCAGCUGAUAUGAAUUCUCCAUGUAUGGAGAAUGGUUUGUGCUCUAAGUCGUAUCCUAAACCAUUUGCUAAGAAGACCACUAUUAAUAAAGAAGGAUUUCCGGUUUAUAGAAGGCGCAAACAGUCAGAGAACUUUGUCCUGAAGAAUGGAUACAAAUGUGACAAUCGGUUUGUUAUUCCAUAUAACAAGAGACUAUCUCUACGUUUCCGAGCUCAUAUUAAUGUGGAGUGGUGCAACCAAGCUGGAUCUAUCAAGUACUUAUUCAAGUACAUUAAUAAGGGACAAGAUCGUGUGACUAUUGCUGUGGAACCGCCAGAUCACAUUGUUGCUAACGAGUUGGGCAAUGAAGACAUUACUGUGGAAAAGAUGGAAAAGAAAAGAAACGAACUUAAGGACUUUUUCGAUUGCAGAUAUGUGUCUUCUUGUGAAUCAGCUUGGCGAAUUUUCAAAUUUCCUAUUCACUAUCGAUCAACUGCUGUUGAGAAGCUUAGUUUUCAUCUACCAGGAAAACAAGUGGUCACUUUUAAAGGAAAAGACAAGCUGAAAGUAGUGAUCAGUCGUAAGCUCAUUGAAAAGACAAUGUUCUUGGCAUGGUUCGAGUUGAAUAAAAUCAAUGAGUUUGCAAGAACACUAACUUAUGCCCAGAUUCCUAUCUACUAUAUCUUUGACAAAAGGUCUAAGAAGUGGAAGAAGCGGAAAAGGGGUUUCUGUUUAGGAAGAAUAAAUUAUGCUCCUCGGAUACAGGAAGCAGCUUAUUUCUUGCGCAUAUUGUUGAACAUUGUCAGAGGGCCUACCAGUUAUGAUGACAUUAAGACCUACGAGGGAGUUCUCUAUCCUGAAUACAAAGAUGUAUGUUUUGCUCGUGGAUUAUUAGAUGAUGAUCAGGAGUACAUUGAUGAUCUUGUAAGGAGAAGCUAUGAAUGCUCUGCAAGUGAUCUACGACAAGUGUUUGUUAUUAUACUUAUGAGUAACACUCUGUCUCUUCCAGAGGUCGUAUGGGAAAACACGUGGCGGUAUUUGUCUGAAGAUAUAGAGCAUAACAGAAGGAAAUAUUUGAAUAGACCAGGUUUGAACUUAUUACUAUGGACGUGA